AUGGAAACUCUCCUAUUUACAGGAGAGCAAAACAGCUCGACCCUUUCCAACUAUGGAGACAUCAAUUCCUUUGGCCCUGCAGCAGAAACAGCCUUUGAUUUCACGCUUCUCUUCGAAGAUACCAUGUUCAGCAUGAUCCCAUCGGCCCUACUCCUUCUUGUUAUGCCAUAUCGCAUAUUCACCUUGCGCAGCAAGCGUCCAAAAGUUGCCCGAGGAGGCUUCUUAUAUGAUAGCAAACUGCUCUUCAUGGUGGUAUUUGCUGCAAUAAACCUAGUUUUACUUGCAAUGCAUGCUCUUAGUACAUCGGAACGCACCAAAGUCACCAUUGCCGCUGCAACCUUGACGUUUGUUUGCACGGUGGGUCUUUCUGUGCUAUCGCAUUUGGAACACAUUCGAUCCAUCAGGCCGUCCGCGAUACUAAACGGGUAUCUGCUAUUAACUCUCAUCUUUGAUAUUGCACGCUUGCGCACACUGUUUACCACCAAUGCAAGUCGAUCUAUCGCUGGAUGUUUUGCAAGCAUGGUCGGCGUCAAGGUUAUGGUACUGCUUGCAGAGGCAACAGAAAAACGAGGCAUAUUACUAGAACCGUAUCAAAACCUGUCCCCCGAAGAGACAAGUGGGAUAUACAGCAGAUCUCUCUUCUUCUGGCUGAACUGGCUUAUGACGACUGGCUUCCGUCGCCUUUUGCAAAAUGAUGACCUGUACCCUAUUGAUCGUGAGAUGUCCUCCAGGGUCCUUCGAGACCGAAUGCAGCAGGCAUGGAACACUUCGCCCAAAGAAGGCUCGAGAGCUCUCUUCUGGGCGGUAUUAAGAGCAAAUUUCAGACCGUUUCUCGUUUGCAUUCUCCCACGAGUAUCGCAAAGCGUCUUCCGUUAUGCGCAACCAUUCUUGUUGUCCCGGACAAUAUCUUUUGCCAGUGACCUGUCCCAAUCUGAAGAUAUAGGCUGGGCCCUGACAGGUGCCUUCUUUUUCGUUCUUCUUGGGUUGGCAUUAUCGAAUGGGUGGUACUACCAUAUGACUUACCGUUUGAUAACCAGCGUCCGUGGUAGCCUGAUUAGCAUCAUAUAUGCCAAAACCGUCGAUCUCAAUAUUACGGCUCUCGAUGACUCGGUCGCCGUUACUCUCAUGUCCAGUGACUCCCAGGCUGUCUGCAAUGGGUUUCUGCUAAUUCACGAAUUCUGGGCCGUGCCGAUGGAAUUGACAGUUGCAAUUUACUUACUUUCUCGCCAACUCGGAAUUGCAUGCCUUGCUCCCGUAAUCGUUGCUCUCGUUUCGGCUGUCGGAAUCCUAGCUAUUGCCAAUCUCAUGGGCCAGGCACAAAAGAGAUGGAUGAAAAGUAUCCAGAUUCGCGUUGAUGUAACGGCUACGAUGCUGGCGUCAAUGAAGUCGGUGAAAAUGCUGGGGUUCACUGACUGGUUGGGCGAAAUGGUUCAGGGGCUUAGAGUUACCGAGCUUUUGGUGGCAGGUUUAUUUCGCAAGUUGCUUAUGGUACGCGUCUUCUUGGGUAAUCUUCUACAAGUCCUAGCUCCAUUCUCCACACUUGCUUUCUACACGAUUGUGAUAGUUUCUCAAGGCCGCGUUCUUGAUGCCGAGACUGCGUAUACGGUUUUGACAUUGAUUUCUCUGCUCAGUUCGCCUAUGAACGAACUGGUUCGUGCCAUUCCCAUGAUGAAUGCGGCGAUGGCGUCUCUCAACCGUAUUCAAGGUUACCUUGGAUCUGACGAGCGAAGAGAUAACCGAUUGUGUCUCGAGGAAACGACCACUUCCGCUUCAAUUGAUCCGCCAUUAGAGGAAGAAGGUAUACAGUUGCAGAGUCGUACUACAGCCGCUUAUAAACGGUAUUCCGAACCGAUAGUCGCACGAGACGCUAGUUUCUCAUGGACCAAUGAUGAGAAGCCUGUUGUACGUGACGUCAAUUUCAGUGUCUCUACUGGUCAAUUGUGUAUGGUGAUUGGUCCUGUUGGGUGUGGCAAGAGUACGCUUUUGAAGGGCAUCCUCGGAGAGACACUAUCCUCAAAGGGCUUCCUGUAUACUAACUUUGAGGAAUGUGCGUUUGUUGACCAAACUCCAUGGAUUCGCAAUGCGACUUUGCGAGAUAAUAUUAUUGGUCUCUCCGAAUUUGACGAAGAGUGGUAUAGAACUGUGGUAAGGGGGUGUGCCCUGGACCAGGAUGUUUCUAUAUUGCCAAAUGGCCAUUUCACCAAAGUUGGAACGUCUGGUAUUUCCCUCUCAGGUGGCCAGAAACAACGCUUAGCUCUUGCUCGUGCCGUAUAUGCCCGCAAAACCGUUGUUCUUCUCGACGAUAUUUUCUCUGGGCUUGAUGCCGAUACAGAGGAACGCAUAUUUACACGUCUGUUCUCCCAGCAGGGUCUGUUCCGAAGAUUGGGCACCACUGUAUUACUGGUCACACAUGCCGUGCAUAGGCUAUCAUAUGCAGAUAAUGUUAUAGCUAUGACAGCUGACGGCUCGAUUGCUGAACAAGGAACUUUCGAACAGCUCAAAGCAUCUGAAGGUUAUGUUGCAAUGUUAGAAGCAGACUACAAGGCUGAGACGUCGAAGGAAGACGAUAUUGAGAAAAAAAAACCAGCAAAUGCAGUUUAUGCGACCCUCAUCGAAGAGGAGGACGAAAAACUGGAUCAGGAAGAGAACACCGAAUUGCAUAUCGCCCAAGAGGAUCUCACUCGCCAAAGCGGUGAUUUGUCGCUUUAUUGGUAUUAUUUGAGCUCCGUCCACUGGGCAUCGUCGGCGCUCUGGGCCACAUUAUAUAUCCUGUAUGGAGUAGCAACCAAGCUCGGCGAGUAUGUCGUUAAUCUUUGGUCAGAAGCCGCUGAGAAAAAAGGUAAUGGCGUUAAUGGCUUAUACUUGGGAGUUUACGGCAUGCUGAUGAUGAGUACAAUGAUUUGUCUUGUGGGCGGUGGUUAUCAUUAUAUCUUAUAUUUUGCGCCCAGAAGUGCCAAAACUUUACAUGCGCGGCUUUUGACCGCGGUCUUGAAUGCGCCUCUCUCAUUCUUUACAUCGGUGGAUAUAGGCACGACAACGAAUAGGUUCAGUCAAGACAUGACGUUGAUAGAUAACGAUCUUCCAUAUGCUAUGAUUGAUUUUCUUCUCUCACUUUCCAGUGGUGUCAUGUCUGCCAUUCUAAUGUGUAUUUCUGCCCGUUAUUUUGCCGCCACGAUGCCGCCUGUCUUCCUUUUAUUGUGGGUGCUACAGAAGUUCUACCUUCGAACAUCACGCCAAAUGCGUCUACUCGACCUGGAAGCCAAAUCACCACUCUUCUCUCAAUUCCUUGAGAGUCUCUCCGGUCUAGUGACAAUCCGCGCCUUUGGCUGGUCUUCCAAAUUCGAAGAACAGAACCUAGUCUUACUGGAUGCAUCUCAAAAGCCAUUCUACUUGCUUUAUUGUAUUCAACGGUGGCUUGGGUUGACCCUUGAUCUGACAGUCACCGGUCUGGGAGUAAUUCUAAUGGUCAUGAUUGUCAAACUGCGCAGUCAAGUUGGUGCUAGCUAUGUUGGCUUAGCCAUUCUGAAUGUUAUUACUUUCAGCCAAUCUCUGUCGAUGAUCAUUCGCAAUUGGACGGACCUUGAGACGUCUAUUGGUGCUAUUGCUCGAAUACGUGAGUUCGUUACAACUACAGAAAAUGAGAAUCGUCCGCACGAGGUUUUGCCAUUGCCUGAUGGUGGUAGCGACGGUACCUCUCGACCAUGGCCUCCGACUGGAGCAAUAGACUUCCAUAAUGUUUCCGCGGCAUACAACAAAGGCGGAAAUAAGAAGCUGGUAAUCCGGAAUCUGUCGCUCUCCAUUCGUGCUGGUGAGAAAAUUGGAAUAUGUGGACGAAGUGGAAGCGGGAAAAGUUCCUUGUUGGCAACAUUGUUCCGCAUGCUCGAGGUUGAACCAGGAAGCUUCAUAACCAUUGACGGCGUUGAUAUCACACAUGUACCUCGCCAGAAACUACGUGCAGCUCUAAACGCAAUCCCGCAAGAACCAUUCCUUACACGUGGUACUGUGCGGGUAAAUGCAGAUCCAUUAGGCACACAUAGCACUGAAGAAAUUGAAGAUGCCCUCCGCAGCGUCGAACUGUGGGACCUUGUUCAAGAAAAGGGUGGCAUUGAAGCUGACCUAGAUGCGAACUUCUUCUCUCACGGUCAACGCCAGCUGUUUUCGUUAGCCCGAGCCCUCCUUCGCGGCAGCAAAAUUAUCGUCCUAGACGAAGUCACCAGCAACGUAGACGUUGUCUCAGACGCAUUGAUGCAGCGCGUCAUUCGCGAAAAGUUCAGUGAUUGCACGAUCCUCGCGGUUGCGCAUCGAUUGGAAACGAUUAUGGAUUUUGAUAGAGUGGCGCUUAUGCAGGAAGGGGAACUUGUCGAGUUGGAUUCGCCGCAGAAGUUGUUGAUAACGGAUAGUGCGUUUAGGGAGCUUUAUGAGUCGAGGGGCUCGAGUAAUUGA